AAAGAAAUGGCUGUUUUGGAAUUAACUAUGGUUGGUGAACUGAAUGUUGAAGCUGGUGGUGCUGUGAGAUUUGUUUUACCUAAAGUGCUCAAACCUCGUUACACACCGACAGGAAGCAAUAACCCUCUGGCACCCGAAGUAUCUUCCGAUAGUGGGGCAACUGCAAAACAAGGGACUGGACCCGAUUCUUACCAGUUCAGCCUUGAAAUAGAUGAUGCACCAAACAUUGAUAAGGUGACAUCACCAUCACACAAGAUUUUUGAUGACAAUGACGGCGAAAAGAUCAAAGUGACUUUAACGGAAGUAAAACAAACUGAUAUUGUCAUUUUAGUGCAACCUAAAGAGAUAAACAAGCCAUUAAUUAUUGUUGAACCAGGUUUAUCAAAUGGUGAAAACAAUUUUCAAAAAUCUUCAGCAAUCAUGGUGAGCUUCAUCCCUGAAUUCAAGGGUGAAAAUAAUUGUCUUCAAGCAGCCUGUGAAUUUGUGUUUGUGAUUGAUCGAAGUGGUAGUAUGGCUGGAUCCUACAUCAAAGAUGCAGCUGAAACACUUCUACUCUUUCUUAAAAGUAUUCCUGAAGGAUGUUAUUUCAAUAUAAUAGGUUUUGGCAGCACAUAUGUUCACCUAUUUCCAGAAAGUGUUCCAUACAAUCAAAAAAAUUUGGAAACAGCUGUAAAACAUGCAGAGAAUCUUCAAGCUGAUUUGGGUGGUACAGAGCUAUUUCAUCCACUUAAACAAAUAUUUAGUCAUGCACCAAAGAAAGGUUUGCCAAGGAAGGUGUUUGUGCUAACUGAUGGAAGCAUAGGUAAUACUGACUCUGUCAUUCAACUUGUUAAGAAAAACUCAAACAAUUCCAGAUGUUUUUCUUUUGGCAUCGGCUCUGGUGCAUCAACAACUUUAGUGAAAGGCAUUGCACAAGCUGGCAAAGGUGCUGCUGAGUUCAUUAUAUCUGGAGAGAGGAUGCAACCUAAGGUGAUAAGAUCACUAAAAAAAGCCAUGCAACCUUCUGUGACAGAUGUUCAAAUUUCUGUCACUGUUUCCGAGAAUAUAACAGUAAAUGUAGUUCCAAAAGAAAGGCUUCCACCUAUUUUUAUUGGUGAAUGUCUUAUUGUAUAUGCAAUUCUUCAUGACAAGUCACCAUCCUCGUCACCUCAAGAAGGAAAAAUACUCCUUAGUGGUGAUUUACUUGGAGCUAAAGUAGAGCAUAAGAUGAAGUUUCCAAUCAAACCAGCAGUGAAAAAAGAAACUGCUUCCCAAGUGUCAACUAUUCACCACCUUGCAGCCAAGAAGUGGAUAAAAGAAUUGGAGUUGGAUGGUGGAAAAAAGGCAGAGAUAAUUCAGCUAAGUUGUGACUCCAAUGUUAUAUCAUCACAAACUGCAUUUAUUGCCAUUGAUCAAGAUAGAAAACAAGCAGUUAAAGGAAGUUUGCACAGUUGGGAUUUAAUUCCUCAUGAGGAGGAAGAGUUCAUGUUGAUGAGUUCGAUGCCUUGUUACAGAGCAUGCAGCAGUGACAGAAAUUAUCGAUUUGUACGUGGCAUACACACUAAAUCAGCUACUCGGUGUCAAAGUUUAUCAAAUGACUACGAAAGUGUAGAUGUUUACGACAUUUUCCAAGAUUCGGAUGAAAUUGCAAGUUGUGCAACUAGGGGGCGAAGUUUAUCUCCAGAUCCAAUACUCUUUAAAAUGUGUAAAAGUGCAGAUGAAACCCUAAGUUUAGAAGGGGCCAACAGUUUUUUUGGAGGUUAUGAUGAUGAUGGAUUGGAAUAUCAAAGUUUAGGGAAUGUCAAACAUAACAGAGUUACAAGUGAACCACUUUCACAGAUAAUCCAUUUUCAGCUAGCAAAUGGUGCCUGGAAUAUGGAGUCAGCAAUAGCAAAGAUGGUUGGUAAAUCAUUUAAGGAUUUAGAAGAUGCCUGUCCAGUGCCAUACAAUGGAAAUAUGAUGACAAUAUGGGCAACAUGUAUUGUUUUGGCAUACCUGGACAUUCACUUAUCCACUGUUAAAGAUGAAUGGGAGUUGGUUGGUAUGAAAGCAAAAUCUUGGCUUAUGAUACAAGUUCUACCACAAGGAUGUUCCUAUGAAGAUUUGCUUGAAAAAGCAAUCCAAUUUCUCAAGUCUCAGCCUCCCGUGAUCUCCGUGAAGGCGAAAACUACUAUUAAAAAUGAAACACCCUGAAAUUCAAAACGCGCUUCUUGCAAAGUGUUGUAAUCUUUCUACCGGCAUAUCAAUCCUAAUUUUCUUCAUUUUGCAUAUAUCUUACGUGAUAUUUGAAAUAAACUCGUAUUAAAUCUCUUAUGUAACUUACUUUUAAGAGAACCUUAGAUCUUACGCGAAAUUUCGGUGAAAAGUCUUCCAUAGUUCUAAUAACAACAUUAUCCUAAGAUUAUGUAUCUAUUGAUUAUUGUUAUAACAUUAGUCGCAUUGUCAACAACAAUAACAUACUA